AUGGGGGCGAAACGGGUGGCGUCGGCGGCGGGGACGGCGGCCCUAGUGUACGUCGCGCUCUCGGGCCGCCUCUCCCCGGCGUCCGGCGACGACGCCGAUGCGGUGAGGCGGCGGCGGCGGAGCGCGGAGGAGGGAGAGGCGGAGAGGUGGCCGGAGCGGGCGCCGGCGAGCUGGAGGGAGGCGGUGGCGGUGCUGUCGAGGACGGCGGGGUUCGCGUACGCCGAGACGCUUGGCAAGUGGCCGCUCGGGGACAUCGCCUUCGGGAUCAACCACUACAUGCGCAUCCAGGGCAAUCUGCAGCAUGAGUACACUGGCAGCAAUUGUGUGCCCCUGGAUGGUCCUGGAGUAAGGCAGGAGCUGAUUGGACUUCUCAGAUACCUCAGACUCUGCAUGUUCUUCUCCAAGAAGCCAUAUGAAGUGUUCCUAGAGUUUGGUGGUUAUGGACAGAGUGAUAUUCUCAUAAGGAAGUCGAAAUCACAGUUUAUGAAGCCUGCAUUCACGGUUGUCCGUGAUGAAAGUACCAAAUCCUUCCUCCUUUUCAUUCGGGGAGCGACCAGCACUAAGGAUCGUCUGACAGCCGCAACUGCUGCAGAAGUUCCAUUCCAUCAUUCAGUAUUAUUACAAGAUGGACGUAGAUCCAAUUUAGUGUCUGGACAUGUGCAUUGUGGAAUGGUUGCUGCCGCUCGUUGGAUUGCAGAUCAGGCCAUUCCAUGCUUAAGCAAAGCAGUCGAACAAUUCCCAAACUACAGAGUUAAGAUCAUUGGGCAUUCAAUGGGAGCUGGGAUUGCUGCGAUAUUAACAUACAUGCUACGCGAGGACAAUAAGUUAUCAUCAGCCUCAUGUAUUGCGUUUGGACCAGCUGCUUGCAUGACCUGGGACUUGGCUGAGUCAGGCAAAGACUUCGUUACCUCUGUUGUCAACAAAAACGACAUGGUGCCAUCUUUCGGCAAAGCUUCAGCUGCCAACCUUCGCACAGAGGUUAUGGCAUCGUCAUGGGCUCCAGACCUCCAAGAACAAAUUCAGCAAACAAGAAUCUUGGGUUUUGUAAAUAGCUCUGUGAAUUUCAUGCGAUCCCACAUUCCCUUUGUAUCCAACACAGGGUCUGACAACACUCCUAUGGAUGAGUUGAACCUUUCCGCAAAUGUGCGUGCCGCUGUGCAGAAGCACUCUGCACUGUCCUGCUGGUCAUCUGUCGCUGUUAAUACCCAAAUCCUGGAGUCUCUGGUGAACCCCACUCAGGGCAUUCCAGCAUUGAUGUCUGCAUACAGAGGAACUGAACAAAACACUGAGAAGCCAACAAUUGCAGUAGAACCAGCCUCAUGCUGUCCUGGAGAACUCAACCGUGAGAGAUCAGAUGCUGUGGAGAUUGACCCAGAGGAGAAAGCAACAGACGAAGAACACAUGGAUCAGCUUCUGAAGGCCUUGCGAUCAUCGCAAAUGGCCUCCCCGGAGCCUCACCAGCUGUACCCUCCGGGCAGAAUCAUGCACAUGGUUGAGCUACCAGCACCAGAAGAGCCGAGCACCGGCGAGCAAUGCCACCAGAAUGAGGUAGUUGCCAUCUAUGAGACCCCUCGCAGCAUGUAUGGCAAGAUCCGGCUGGCGAGAACCAUGAUCAGAGACCAUUACAUGCCGAGGUACAUCGAGGCGAUGGAGAUGCUGAUCGACAAGCUUGCAGAGGAUGAGGAUGACACCGACAACCGGUAG